UCAGAGAUUAGACGAAUUUGUUGCGAAAAUCAGUCACAAAUAAUGGAUAAAUUUGCCAUCGAUUUGGACAGUAUUUUGGAUCAGCUCGAAGACGAUGACACGGAAGUGAGAGGACGUCCGCCAUCGCUGGUGAAGAUCGCGAAUAACAACACUUUUGGUUACAAUAAGAGUAACUUCUCGUCUCUUCAUUCGUAUUGCGAUGACUCGAGUGUCGGCCAGACAUCGGGCGAUGCGAUGGUCUGUUCCACGUCUUCGUCGGCCCACAACAACAGCGCAUACAAACGUCGCCUCUUGUCGUCGUAUAUGGAGAGCCAAACACUGGAACCGUUGGACUCAUCGGAGGCUGACUUUGGCAUUAGUGUCAAACGGAUUGAUAGCGAAUGCAAUGGACUCUUAGAUCUAAACGACGGAAAGAGUGGAAACACUACUUAUAAUGCGAGCAAAGAAGUGAACGAAUCGAUGGAAAAGAAUCGAUUGAUUACUUCGUUGUUAGAGAAGGCGAAGUGGAAUACAGAGGGAGUGACACAAGAAGGCCAUGAAUACGAUGUCGACACCGGUUCCAGCGAUGAAGAGGUUUCCGAUGAAGUGAUUUACGUGUCGAUCGACCAAAAGGGUGACAACAAUGAGAGAAGAGAUUCUGUGGAAAUCCAAGAACCGUCGAAUGAUGGACAGCAGAUCCAAAUUGAGAUAUUGCCAUCGAAUUCAACACAACUGAUAUUCGAUGACAUUAUUAACGACACGAAUGAAAGUGUUUUACAGAAUAAUAGUUCAGAUCUGAUAGAAAGCGGAGAACAUAUUGAAGAAUCGGUUUUGGAUGCGAUCGAAGAAAACGAUUUAAAAGUUAUGGACAAAGAUAUGGAGACAACUGUGAAGUCAGAAGAAGAAGUUGUUAAUGAUUUAAGCGAAGAAAGAUGUGAUGAAAUGUUGUGUGAAAUUGAGUGUCAAAAGGAUGUGAAAUGUGAAGAAACUGUGAUAAAUGAAGACAAAUGGGACACCGAUUCGAUGAAAAAUAAUUUCGACGAGACUUCAAAUGUGAUGAAAUUCAAUGAAAUUGAAGUAAAUAUCGAUGAGUUGACAGAACAGGAGAUCAAUGAAUAUUUGCAUGAUUUUGAAGACAAUUCGUGUGAAAAUAAUGAAUUAGUUGUUUCUAACAUCAAUUGCGAUGACAUCGAAGCCAAUGUCUCAAACAUCUCAAAUAUGUCUCAAAUUAAUAUCCAAACCAACAGUGAUUUAAUACACAAUGAUUUUUUGAACGCAAACAUUGAUAAAGAUAUGAAUUCAAUGAGUCAGUCGACGUCCAGUGUCUCCAUUGAAGAGAACGAUAAAAUUAGUGAUAUUUCUGACUUUGAUGUCAGCCAUCAUCAGAGCAAUAGUUUUACGCAAAAUUACGACAAUUGUAUCGAUAAUCAAAACGAUAACAUUUCUCAAACCGAUGACAUUCCGUCGCGAAUAAGUCGCCCCAAUUCUCUUGCAAUCGCUUCCAAUGCAAUACAUGUGAACACUUUGGAGACCAAUGAGGAGCUUAUCGAUGAUUCUGGGACUCAGACUAAUACUGACUUCGGCGACGACAACAUUACUAAUGAGAUGAAUGAUGUGCUAAAUGGUAAUGAAUUGACACCAAAUGUGCCAAACGGGGAGUUUAGUGAACAGAAUCUAACUCUGGGUCUCAAUGAAAACAUAUGCGAGGGUUUGAGCGAAGAUUUGACACUCGGUUUGAGUGAAGACGAGCAGAUGUUGGGCAAAGUGAAGCCCUUUUGGAUUCCCGACAACGAGUCACAGAUGUGUAUGCAUUGCGACAUCAGAUUUACUCUCAUUAAGAGAAGACAUCACUGCAGAGCGUGCGGUAAAGUAUUGUGCGCCCAGUGCUGUAACAGUAGAGCAAAGCUGUUAUAUUUGGACUGCGAAGUGGCCAGAGUUUGUCAGUUUAGUGAACAGAAUCUAACUCUGGGUCUCAAUGAAAACAUAUGCGAGGGUUUGAGCGAAGAUUUGACGCUCGGUUUGAGUGAAGACGAGCAGAUGUUGGGCAAAGUGAAACCCUUUUGGAUUCCCGACAACGAGUCGCAGAUGUGUAUGCAUUGCGACAUCAGAUUCACUCUCAUUAAGAGAAGACAUCACUGCAGAGCGUGCGGUAAAGUAUUGUGCGCCCAGUGCUGUAACAGUAGAGCAAAGCUGUUAUAUUUGGACUGCGAAGUGGCCAGAGUUUGUCAGUGCUGUAACAGUAGAGCAAAGCUGUUAUAUUUGGACUGCGAAGUGGCCAGAGUUUGUCAGGUCUGCUAUUCAACGUUAGCCAGAAUCGCUGCAAUUGAAAGAAAUGCAAACGAUAUGAACCAAUCGAGUCCUUCCACUUUAAGACCAGAUAAUCUCUAUCCGAACUCAACUUCGGGCUCGUCCUCUAUGUCUAACAUCCGGAGUCCGGAUCCGAACAAUCCAUCGGAAUAUUGUUCGACAAUACCUCCAUUAGAACAGGAACAGGAGCUGAGGGACCGAAUGCCGCCCACUGUUAUGGUGCCCGUAGGCGUCCUCAAGAGAGGCGAUCGGCCCAAAGGCGAACCCAAACAAGUGGUGUUUUCCGAUGGCAUCCGUCCCGGAGGGGACUUAACUGAAACCAGUGAGAGCUCUACCAGUAGUCUGACAUUCUUGCGGAGAACCGGAAGAAUUCAACACAAACUCAAGUCUCCGCCCGUUGAGAGCGUACCCGCAGUUCAAACCACUACCACAGCAUCGAAAUCAAAAGCCAGUCGUAUUGUGAUAACUGAUACAAACGGAACAUUGCCUCCAAUUAUCAAUUAUUAUGACUUGAAUGUUAACAAAUCAGUUAAAAAUAAGCCAACCAUCAUCAAUCUAAUCGAUUUUCUCAAAAACAAAGACUUGUGUCCAGUCGUGUUCGCGUUGACCAAGAAUUUACAUAUUUAUUCAAAAAUUGUUUUGAAGAGCUGUUGCGUAAAGAGUGAAGUGUGGACUUUUGCCUCGAAAGGUAUGGCCACUAUAGGUCAGGACGAGAUACUCGUCUCAUUAGAGCGUCUCCCAGAAGAGGAUAUCUUUCCCAGAGAUAUAUUCCGCUUAUUUACCACAGUCUAUGACAGCGCCACUAAAGGCAUUGGCUUCUUAUUCGCGCGCCCGACUCUCCAGUGCUUUAGUAAUCUAGUGUUGCCGUCACCGCCUUUCCUAUUGGCUAUUCUUAUACAUAAAUGGGAGAUCCCAUGGGCUAAGGUCUUCCCAAUCAGACUAUUGUUACGUUUGGGAGCGGAAUAUAAAUACUAUCCGAGUCCUAUAGUGAGCUAUCGGUGCCGCAAACCUGUCUAUUGUGAGAUCGGUCACACCAUUAUGAAUGUGUUGGCUGACUUUCGAAAUUUUCAAUAUACUCUUCCGACUGUUUCCGGACUAACCAUUCAUUUGGAAGACAAGAAAAUAACGGUUCAUUUGCCGCGAAAUCGUUACGAAAAGGUCCAGAAAGUGGUGGCCACUAGUAAUGAACACGUGUUGGCUUUCGGGGCCAACUUUAGCCUUAAGGCUGACUCGCAUUUAGUGUGUAUGCAAAACGAUGUGGACGGACAGUACCAAACGCAGUCCAUCAACAUCGAGGGCGCCCCACGCAAGACAACGGGCGCCAGUUUCAUAGUGUUCAGUGGGGCCCUCAAGUCCAGCACUGGACUCACCGCUAAAAUGUCUAUCGUUGAGGACGGACUGCUCGUUCAGAUUCCGCCCAACACUAUGACUGAGUUAAGGAACUCAAUCAAAGAUAUGAAAGAUUAUGAUAUCAAUUGCGGUAAAAUUGAUUCACUGCCCGAUGAAGUGAUACACAUGUCUUGGGCUGAAGAAGAUAUGUCCGUUAAUCUCGGAGUCCGGAGUCCUAUCGACGCUACGAAUCUUGAAGGCAUUCAAAGCAUACGAAUAUUUAAUGGAACCGAUUAUACAAACAAUAAAUUUGUUAUUCGUUGGACUGAAGUGUUCUUUCUUCACGUCAAUGAAUUGAGUCGAAGGCAUGAUUCGCUCGACUCCAGCAGAUUAGCAGAGAUGAUAUCUCAAGCAUUUUGUUUAGCACUCACUUCUUGUUUCACCGCUAAAAUGUCUAUCGUUGAGGACGGACUGCUCGUUCAGAUUCCGCCCAACACUAUGACUGAGUUAAGGAACUCAAUCAAAGAUAUGAAAGAUUAUGAUAUCAAUUGCGGUAAAAUUGAUUCGCUGCCCGAUGAAGUGAUACACAUGUCUUGGGCUGAAGAAGAUAUGUCCGUUAAUCUCGGAGUCCGGAGUCCUAUCGACGCUACGAAUCUUGAGGGCAUUCAAAGCAUACGAAUAUUUAAUGGAACCGAUUAUACAAACAAUAAGUUUGUUAUUCGUUGGACAGAAGUGUUCUUUCUUCACGUCAAUGAAUUGAGUCGAAGGCAUGAUUCGCUCGACUCCAGCAGAUUAGCAGAGAUGAUAUCUCAAGCAUUUUGUUUAGCACUCACUUCUUGUUUGGAUCAGUUGUUUGAGAACGGAUUUACUAAAAUUGGUUUACGAAUUAGUUUGGACGCCGAUAAGGUGGGAUACGAAGUGGGAAGUAAUGGCACCGCUUUGCCGCCCCAAUACACCACUGAAUUGGACGGCGCACUCAUACCCGUCAUUAUGGACAACAUCUCUUCUGGCAUUGAAGACCAACUUGUGAUGGAGUUAUUAGGACAUAACAGACCAUUAAGUGUUGCGUCUUCUCUCCCAAUGGAUCCGUACAAUGAUUUGCAUCAAAACAAUGGCCAAAAUGGGCAACAAAUGCCUCAAAUGAAUAGCGAUCCCAAUGCUAGACAAAGACAAGCGGGAGAUCACUAUUUGGCGGAUCAGAUGUCUCAACAACAACAACAACUCAGGCAUCACUUCAAUACUCCGAUGGACUCUCACUUGAGACGUCCCAACACUACAUAUAACGACUCAAUCAAUGAAAUCACAAAACAAACCAAUGCUAUGUCUUUCGGAGUUAACGGUAAAAACAAUUACAACAGUAUUGGCGGCGCCGGAGAUAUGGCCAACAAUUCAUGGAUUCAAUCAGGGGCUAAGGGCCAGUCGACACCAAUGGGAUCGGGCUCUUCGAUGGGCGCAGAGAGCAAGUUAUCUCCAUUUGCCAAAGAAUUCAUACCACGAACGACGAUGUCUUACGCGCCUUCGGGUCCGUCCGCGUCCAACGGCUGGAAUCCGGUUCGCGCGGAUCCGGUGCCGCCUUCCGAACGAGAUUUCGAUGACUUCAUUGCCUGCACUUAUUUGCGUGAAUUCAUUGAUACGAUUACUAUUAAACCGAAUAAAUACGACUCAGGAAUCGCUUACUUGACUGAAGUUAUCAACAGUUACAUCGAUGAGGACGAGUCGGUCCUCCAGACCAUUGUUAACACUAUAGUCGAUCAGGCUAUACUCGAUCCCCAAUUCCGGUACAAUGGAGUCCGUCUUUGCACUUAUUUUAUGGAGCAUUUGAUCGACUUAUCCGAAGAAAAAACAUUCAAACUUCUUCUCUUUAAACGGUGUCAAAGAGAGCACUCGAGACGCGAUUCAUUGAUCAGUUCGGGAGAGAGUGAGAACUAUUUGAGAGGACUGACAAUGUUUAUCGGCGACCUAUACUCGCGCUCUCCGGCGCCCGAAUUGGCCGAAUAUUUGCCGCAACUGUUAAUAUCGCUUCUCUCGAAACCGCAUAAAGAGAACCUGAAGUGUGUUUGUCAAGUGCUUAAGUUGUGCGGUUCUUCAUUGGAGAAUCAUUACAUCCAAACGAAAGGCGAUGACAUGAAUCAAGUGAUGAAAGACAUGGAGACGAGUUUAACCACUAGUGAGGCCAGCAUUUACAUCAAGGAAUUGGUGGUGAAUAUAAUUGAGAUGCAGAAACGCGGAUGGGUUCCCAAACCUCCCGCCGCCCACACACUCAUCAACCCAUACCUACCGAAUGGCACACAAUUAUCCCAUAAAAAAGCUACGAUUUCAGGCGAUUAUUACGAGUAUAGCACUUAUUCUGACGAAGAAGAAGAGGAGGAACCAGUGCCGCAGAACCAGAACCAGAGCCUUCCGCCGCCGAGAUUAGGCUACGAUUUCGGUCAGUGCGGCGACGAAGACGACAGCGAAGUCUGCGAAGCGUUUGAGGAAUUUCUCAAGAAUUCGGGCCAAAAUUGAUUGAAAAAUGAAACCAAUUUUUACAACUUAUUUAAAGUCUUAUUUAGUUCUCAUUAUAUAAUUAUAUUUACAUUUUAUUGUUUCCACUUUUUUGGUUCAUAAAUAAAGGCUCCGAAAGCCAUGACUUAACUCUUUUAAA